AGGGGAAAAAGGCCGACCCAAGCAAGUUUGUUGAUUUUCUUGUUGUCGUUUUGAAAACUCAGCAAAAUUCCGAAAGAAAAUUAAUAAAAUCAGCCUUUCAACACGGUUCUGAACCAUGUCACGACUCAUCACCCAGGAAGAGAUUACGCUGGGUUACGCCUCCGAAACGGACGACUAUGAAUCGGAAAUCGGAACUGAUGCUUCCGUGACGGGGGAACCGUCUGAAAUCUACGUGGGUAACACGGGCAAGGUGCCGGUCGACAAGUAUUACAGUAUGUUCAGACAGUACGGAUCGGUGAAGGACAUCACCUUCUGGAGGACCCACAAUCACUUGUACCACUGCCGGGUGCUUUACCGGACGAAGGACGAAGCUAAGAAGGCCGUUGAAAAGCUAAACCACAAGAUUGCGUUCGGAAAGCGUAUUCGGGUAUCGCGCGUACGGGAACCGAUCACACUAAAGUAUGGGGCGACCAUCCGUAUCGAGGACAUUGCGAUGGGUGUAUCGGAGGAGGACAUAUACGACCAUUUCAAGCAGGCCGGGGAGGUCCGUUCUGUAGUUAAGGUUGGGACAGCGGCUUAUGUGCUGUUUGUCUCCGCGGCCGUAGCUUGUAAGUCGCUCGAGUUGGACAUGAUCCUUAACGGGGACCCGUAUACGAUAUGUCGCCUGUCUAAAAACGAUCGAAUCGACCACAUUCAAGUAAUGAGCCACAUGAGGCAAAUCAAGUACCGCAAGCCGUUCGUAAUGGUGGAGAACUAUCCGGAACUUCCGUUCGAAGAACUGCACCGGUACAAGGAAAACUUCGAAUCGAUUGGACCGGUAAGACAUUUCAAGAUAGCAGCCACGGGAAACCAGACGGUCACGUUGGCCCUCUGCAUGGACCGGGCGGACGAUCGGGACUUGGUGAUCGAUCGGUUCAACGACGCGGUCAUCAGCGGACGCAAGCUGAAGCUCUAUAUGGCUCCGGGGAAGGCGCGGAUGACACCGAACCAUGUGGCCCAUUAUGCCAUCUGCAAGAACUCGAUCAGGGUGGACAAUGUUCCUCCGUAUUUGAAGGAUUACGAAGUGUGCAAACUGUUCGGGAGAUGUGGGGCAACGAUUAGCUUUCUGGAUAAGAUAACCAACAAGUGGAUCAUAUGCUUCGAUGAUUCUACAAUGGUUCCUCUGGUACAAAACCAUUUCUUUAUGGUUUUCCAGUAUGAGUUGAAUAUAAGCUGCUUAUCGCAAAAAACUCUUCCUUGCAACGAUGUUCUUCGGCUACGCGAUCCUGGUGCAACAAUCCGUCUAUUAUCUGCUCUAGUUGCUGCUCACAAAAAAACGGUAGAAAAAUUAAGUAAAACCAGAGAUUUGGAAUCAGAGACACCAAAGCCAAGCGGUUCGCAGCAAGCUCGCAGAUCCGAUGAUAUCGACAAUAUGCUCAAACAAGCACUCACACAUGUGAACCCAGAAGCCGGCCGUCAGAUCCCAACGCAGUCGGUUACGCCAUCGUUGAAGCCGACUGUCCCACGUGCCGAAGAGUCCACCAGCAAAGACUCUGGCUAUCAGCUACCGCAACCGAAGCCUAUUACACCGAUUCAGCCCAUUGCCCAACAUGUGGACAAACCGUUGAACUGGAGCACCUUUCAAUUGCCAGCUUCGAAGCCGACUACCGUACCUAUGGACGUACCCACAAACUGGGGUACACGUCGGACACCGUCGCAGCUGCCAAAACCGUCGACCGAACUUGUAGACACGCCCUUGCAUUGGAACACGAUCCAGCAGCUGCCACAGCAAAUACCGACUAUUCAACAAGCCGAUAUUCCCUUGAGUUGGAACACCAGCCAACAAUUGCAGCCACCGCAGCCAGUUCCGCCGCCACAGGUAAUUGUAGCACCUGCUCAGCAGCAAGCUCCUGUAGCCGUGCAAAAGAUCGGAACGUUUUCCAAGCCCAGCGGUAGCGUUGCCAAGGUGCCACCGAUGCAGAAAACUGUGGCUGCCCCGGCUGUUGAUGGCAGAAUUGGAACCAAAUCCAGCAGCUCGUCGUCCUGGAUUACGAUGAAAAAUAAGGAGCUGCUGCAGAGAUCCAUAGCGUUAUCGAACCUACCGAAAGGAAUCAACGAGUACGACAUUCGUGAACUGUUCAGCGAUUGUGAGCUCAACAUUGUCACUAUGUAUUGCUGUAGUGACCCCUACUAUCCGACAUCGACGGCCAUACUGAAUGUACCGUCGCACAAGGAAUUGAAAGACAUCCAGAGCCACCAUCACGACAAUUACAAAGGAAAACGGGUCUUCAUUAAACCUACCGUACUGAGCUGGUUGGCAAGGGAUUUUCAGCCGAUCAACAGUCUGAUGCUGAAGAAUUUACACGCGGGUAUCGAAGAAGAGGGCAUUCUCAUGGAGGUGGAGAAAAUCCUUGGUCCGGGCACGGUGGAAGACGUCCUCAAACCCACACACCACUACGCGUAUUUCGAUCUCAGCGGAGACUUGGUGGCGCACAAGGUAAUGCACCGGCUUCGGAAGGUAUUGAUCAACUUCAAGAUCGAUGUGUUUCCAUUGUACCACGGUGUACCGAAGCGGUACCUUAAUAUGUACUCACACUUGCGAAGAUCGAUCGCCGAAAUGCGUGGAAAGAACGGAACCCGAGUGGCCAAUGCGGGUGAUCGGAAGAAGUUUGGCAAUCAGUUCGGUGAGCACAAUGCUCACAGAUUGUUCGUCGGGAACAUUCCCCGGAUAACCCUGGCCGAGGAUGUCAUCGCACACUUCAACAACUUCGGCACCGUAAUCGAUUACUGUUGCAUCGAGAAGAAAAGCUGCAACCUGCGCAAGUCGGCCAUCGUCAGCUUUGUGGACAAAAAACACGCCCGGAAUGCCUACUGCCAGGAGCCGCACUUCCUGGAGGGCAGUCGGCUGAACGUACACCUGAUGGAGGGCCCACCGAUGGUGGCGGAACCACCUGGCUGCAAAGUGCUUACCGUGAAGAUCCGCAGUCGAUAUCUAACAGACGACGAAAUCCGCGAGGAGUUUGUAAAGUCGGUGAACAUUGUCUACGCCAUGCGGUUUGACGCUUUCGAUGAUCGGUCAAAUUUCUUGAUGUUUUACCGAACAAAAGGGGUACCUGAACCCUUUUUGAACUUACACCAUAUCCAUGAUGAACCGGUGAAGAUUAUCGCUGGGCGGGACCUAGAUCCGGUAAAGGAGGAUAUUGACCUGGAGAAGCCGGGACUCUCCAAUACUUCUCCAUAUCGACGACAAAAAGAUUCGUUCCUGGGGUAUGCGGAAUAUACCGAAAAACUGAAAGAAGAGAUGAAAAUGAGCACUAGACCAAUAGAUGACAAGGACGUUCCUUAUAGGGCCUUCUACAACGAAAAAUCGGUACAAAUCAACAACGUUUCGGUGAACACCUCCCUCGCGGACUUUCAAGUUCUUUUCGUCAAAUUCGGUGACAUCGACUACUACCGUGAGCUGUACCUGGAGGAGGAUUCCACCAAGAUUUGCUUCAUUAAGUUCAAGAUCGAUCUAUCGGCCGAUCUGGCGUGCACCUACAAUCAGCAGAUGCUCAAUGGAAAGCGAAUUUUGGUCCACCUGGCCAAGGAAACUCUGGUGGGCGAGGAUGACCGAUCGGUGAUGCUGGAGAAUCUCAACCCUGAAACGACGGCUGAACAAAUCCAUGCGGUCUUCUCGAACAUCGGUACCGUCAAGUACGUCCAGAAGCAAUCACCAAACAGUGCCAUCAUGUGCUUCAAGGAUCUGGAUUGCGCCAACCAAGCGUUCAACGUGACGUUCGUCCCGCAUUCGAAUAACAUGGUCGUCAACAUGUGCCGCAUUGACUACCAAAGCAAUUUCUACAACAACUUUUCUACCCAAGAGCGAGCCUUCUCAAUCGAUCAGAUACAAUCCAUUCUGAAGCCUCGUAUUUUGCCGGAAUUCCACCAACUGGAAAUAGAACGCCGUAACGAAGAUUUCCCAGAUGAUGACGAUCAACCACAAGGAAACCCCGAAGAGAUACUGGUGGCAGAUGAGGAAGAACUUCCACCGGCAAGUAAGCGUACCCGAUUCGACGAAUACGACGGCCAAGCCCAAGCCGGGUCCGACUACGAUUACUUGAAUGAAUUCGAACACGCAUCGGGCGAACCGGAACCGCUCCAAAGGAUAGAGUCCAUCGUCACGACGGUGAAUCCUCCGGUCCAAGAGUUACACGAUGCCCCCCAGCCAAUGCCCCAGCUUCGGCUUGGUUUCCAGCCUCGCAUGGAAGGGUUCCAUCUGCCGCGAGGUCCGGGACAAAUGGGUCCCCGGUUCCCCAAUGCGUAUCCUCCGCAGUGGCAGAUGCAGCAACAGCACGUCGCUGCCAUGGCAUACAAUGCAGGACCUUCUUAUCCCAGGCCUCGUGGUCCGCCUCGGCCGAUGCGUUUCCAUCGGCCUCCCUACUAUAACUGAUGAGGCUGGGCGGGUGAAUAAGGUAAUUGACAUAUAGAUUUUUAUUAUUAUUGUUAGCUUUUUUUUUUCAGGAGAUUUUCAGCCUGUGGUUGAUUUAUCUCCGUUUUGUAGAUUAAUUUUAAUGGAUUCUUUUAUUAAACAUUGCAAGUCAACUGGAGCACAAUUCAA